AUGUCGUGCUUCACGCAGCUGUGGCACUCCAGCACGCCGGACUCUCCCACCAGCCCAGUCCCUGCAUCUCCAAGCGAAAUCCCCAUCCCCAUCAGCCCCAUUGUUGUCACCUCCCCAGGAGAUGGCAAGAGGAAGGCGAGGUCCCCAACCGACAAGCCAGGCUCUCCAAAUCCAACGUCUCCGAAGCCAGCCUCCCCUGUUGAGUGCUCCAUUUGCUUCAACACCUAUGACAACACCUUCAAGACACCCAAGCUGCUCCAGUGCUCCCACGUUUUCUGCCUGGAGUGCGUGGCCCGCCUGAGCACAGGGCUGCCACCAAACCAACCAGAGGACCAGCUCCCUUGCCCCUUCUGCAGGCAGCUGACCAGCAUCCCUCUGGAAGGUGCUCCAGCACUCGAGACCAGCAAGGAGCUCCUUGCCUCUCCUGAGAAUCCAGACUCGUGUAUCUCCAUUGACGUUGCCAUGAGCAAGCCAGAAAGUCCGGAGGUCCCCCCGGCUGGGUUAGCUGGGAGGCUGUCCCGCUGCGACAUGUGCGACGACUGGAAACGCAUAGUCCUCCUCUCUGCGUUGAUCAUCAUCCUGUUCUGCAUCAUUCUGUGGCCGGUCCAGUGCGCCCUGAAGACGGGGAACCUCCGCUGCUUCACAAGGACUGUUGCGAUGAGCAGACCGGAGUAUCUCUCCCCUAAGCCCACCACAGCGGCAGCACCCACGACACAACUCCCUUUCCAGUAG